AUGCUACCACAACAUUCUGUGGUCUUGCCCCCUUCCAAUUGCCGCCCCAGCCUUCUCAUGCUGCCUCGUGGGCUGCCUCUAAUAUCUGGCCUAGUGUUUGGGCAACACUUCAAAGUCAAGCCUAGUCCCGAAGCCAACUAUUUUGCAAAUCCUUCUUGCGAGAAAGCCGUCUCCGAGGCCCACUGUCCUUGUCUGCUGGACAAUCUCCGGGACCAUCUCCAGGACAAGGGUUUCGAAGAAUCCUUAACCAAUUCAGCCUCAUUGGACUUUUGGAAGGAAUGUGUAAAUUAG